GCUCCUAUAAGUUUUCUUUGUACAAAGAUUUCCCUGUUCCAUUGUAUUUAGUCAUUCAACAGUCAUAUCUUUGGUGGAGGCAUCUCAGUAGGGCGUUUAAAUGGUUUAGCUGUUGAUUGAUGUUCUUCUAUUUUCUUUCUCUACUUUUUAAAGUUUCGAGUGAUAGUGAACAAUUUCUAUGCUUUACCUUAAGGUGACCAUUUAAACUGAAAGUCUUCAUAUUUUCUCAUCCUUUAAUAUUUCAUCAGAAGAUGUUGGAUCAAGCUUUUCUACUUCAUCAGAAGAUGUUGGAUCAAGCUUUUCUUUCUUUUUUGCUUCAUUCCAAUCAUAGAACAAUUUAGGUCCUGAAAUGUAUUUCAUCCUUUUUGGUGUAUGUUCUUUUGAUCAAAGAUUUUUUUUUUUUGGUGUAUGUUUUAGGUUUUAUUUGGCUACAAGUUGAGGACUAAGCUAUACCUACCUGGAUAAGGUCUUUUUAUUUGAACUAAGUUAUAUCUUGUACUCAAGAUUACUGAUAAAAAUAUAUUUGUUCUCAAGCGUUUCUCAAAUGCGUUAAAAAAGGAGUUACCUCAAAAUUUAAAUAUGUAAAAAGUGAAGUCUCAAAUAUGAAUAAUAUCUUGUACUCAAGAUUACUGGUUAAAAAAGGUUUUGUACUCGAGGGUUUCUAAAAUGCGUUGAAAAAGGAGUUACCUCAAAACUGAAGUAUGUAAAAAGUAAAGUCUCAGUUAUUUAUUACUCCCAUUUUACAAUUUUUCUCCAAAUACUCUCACUUGACAUGAAUGGUGAGAUUGGUCAUUCCAAAGUGACUACCUCUUUAGCUAGAAAUCUUGUCUUUCUUUACUUUAAGUUUGUCUUUUUGCGAUUGAUCUAACGGAAAAUUCUCUGAGUUGCUUUGCACUUUAUAAUAACUCAUUUACCCCUAUGUCCACUCUUUGAGUAAACAUGAAGUAACAUAUCAUUGUUUCUCAUCUCAAGAAUCCUUUCAUGUCGAAGUAAGGUUUUAGAACACUAGGAGUUAUCUUGAUGGGGGAAGAUUAUUCAUACAGUUAGAUUCUCGAGAAGUUCAUCGAAAAUUUUGAGUAUCCUGCCACAAACAAAGAAUGGUGUUGACAGUUUUGGUGGUCUUGGUGCAACAUUAAUUGAUUCUCUUGACACACUAUAUAUCAUGGGCUUGGAUGAGCAGUUUCAGAGAGCUAGAGAGUGGGUUGCAAACUCCCUGGAUUUCAACAAGAAUUAUGACGCCAGUGUUUUUGAGACAACCAUAAGAGUUGUUGGUGGACUGCUUAGUGCAUAUGAUCUCUCUGGUGAUAAGCUUUUCCUAGAUAAGGCUAAAGAUAUUGCUGACAGACUGUUGCCUGCAUGGAAUACGCCCACUGGCAUCCCUUACAACAUUAUCAAUUUGUUACAUGGGAAUCCACAUAAUCAUCGGUGGACUGCGGGUCAUAGUAUCCUGGCAGAUUCUGCCUCUGAGCAGCUUGAAUUUAUUGCUCUUUCGCAAAGGACAGGAGACUUAAAGUAUCAACAAAAGGUGGAGAAUGUUAUCUUAGAAAUCAGUAGAACUUUCCCAAAUGAUGGUUUGCUGCCAAUACACAUUAGUCCAGAGGGAGAGACAGUUGUAUACUCCACUAUAACGUUUGGGGCCAUGGGGGACAGCUUUUAUGAAUAUUUACUCAAGGUCUGGAUACAAGGAAACAGAACAGCUGCUGUGGGACACUACAGAAAAAUGUGGGAGACAUCAAUGAAAGGUCUUUUAAGCUUGGUGCGAAGGACUUCCCCAUCAUCUUUUGCUUAUAUUUGUGAGAAGGUUGGAGAUUCUUUAGAAGACAAGAUGGAUGAACUUGCAUGCUUUGCUCCAGGAAUGUUAGCUUUAGGUUCGUCUGGUUAUGGUCCUGACGAGUCUCAGAAGUUCUUAUCGCUGGCAGAAGAGCUUGCUUGGACUUGCUAUAACUUCUACCAGUCAACACCUACAAAAUUGGCAGGAGAAAACUAUUUCUUUUAUGAUGGCCAGGAUAUGACUGUGGGCACAUCGUGGAACAUACUAAGGCCAGAAACAGUCGAAUCUCUGUUCUACCUCUGGCGUUUGACUGGAAACAAGACAUACCAAGAGUGGGGUUGGAACAUAUUUCAAGCAUUUGAAAAGAACUCGAGAAUAGAAUCUGGAUAUGUUGGACUUAAAGAUGUUAACACGGGUGUGCAAGACAAUAAGAUGCAGAGCUUUUUUCUCGCGGAGACUCUUAAAUAUCUCUAUCUUCUUUUCUCACCCUCUUCAGUCAUUCCCCUGGAUGAGUGGGUUUUUAACACAGAAGCUCACCCCAUAAAAAUUGUGAGCCGGAAUGAUCGAGCAGUGAGUUCUGGAGCUGGAAGGUCAGUUGGACAGCAAAAAUCAUAUAGGCGGGCGCGGACCAGGAGAGAAGGUCGAUUUGGUAAUAAGUAUAAGUAGGUUCUCACAGGUCCUCAUUAGAUUAGUUAUUGAUUCAGUAUUAUGGGAUUCAAGUGCUAUACUGCUUGGCACUUGUUCAACCAGUCACGGGAUUUUAUCAUUGGAAUCAUGCUAGUGUUGGUACCUUGACAGAAGAAUGUUCCAUGUCGGAGAAGUUACGAGUAUGUAGCAGUAGCAUAGCUAUUUUUGGGGAUUGACGAGUUUUGUAUAUCAUACCUUUUAUUUUCUUCUUAAAAUGCAGUAGGUAAAUUCAUUUCAAUUUUCGAAGACAGUGGACCGCCUUAUGACACAGAUGGCCAUGGUUGAAGGCUGCGAGCCUGUCCGGGUAAUUGUAUCCAUUGGAUUGGCUUAAUAUUUGAGAUCCUAGAGCUUGUUUAUCCUUCA